GCGCAGACCGUCGACGCCAAUCUCCCCAAACGAUCACUACCGAAGUCGCGUCACCGCCAGUAAGCGAAAAUGGCGAAGAACGGGAAGCUGAGCAAGCUCCGAUCCAUGAUCAAGAGGUGGAACUCCUCAAGCCGGAUCACACGCACCGCUGGCGCCGGCAGCGGCAGCAGUGACGGUUCGGGGAGGUCGACGGACGACGAGAGGUGGCAGCCGUCCUCGUUCCACGGCGAAGAAAUCCCUAACGAUUUGCUCCCUGUAUUCGUCGGCAAAUCUCGCCGGCAGUAUCUUCUAAGCUCCAACGUUGUCGACCGGCCGAUCUUCCAAACCCUAAUCAACCGCUCCGGCGGCUUCGGCGGCAAUGACGGCGACGCCGUCGUUGGGUGCGAGGUUGUGCUAUUCGAGCAUCUUCUUUGGAUGCUGGAGAACGCCGAUCAGCAGCCGGAGUUGCUUGAUGACCUCGUCGAUUUCUAUGCCUGCUGAUGCAUCCGGUUAAUGGACGGCGGUGAGCAUUAUCCCCUCAUGUUUAAUAAGAGGCAUUUGAGCUGAUUGUUUACUUAAUUUCUACAAUUUUCGGUAAGAGGAAAGGGGAAAGAUGCCAAGAAGAAUAAUUAGAUGA